CCGGCCGUUAACUAAGUUUAUCGACAUGAAGACAUUUGUUUGUUUACUGGCGCUGGCAGUUGCCACUUGCAAGGCCGGAUUUGACUCUGGAUAUGAUCAAGGAAACAACGGGCUAGGAGAUAAUGGUGGAGGUUACCACUUCGCUGCUCCAUCAGGCGGAGGAGGAGGUCAUGACUUUUCUGGAGGACAAAAUCACGAUUUUUCUGGUGCUCAGGGCGGUCAUGAUUUCUCUGGUGGUCAAGGCGGUCAUGACUUUUCUGGUGGUCAAAGCGGUCAUGGAUUUAAUGGAGGACAAGAAGUUCACGACUUCUCCGGUGGUCAAGGCAAUGAUCAUACCUUUGCGAUCGCUCAAAACCAAGAUUUCUCGGGACACGGUCAGCAAAACUUUGACGCUGGCGGCCACGGCGGCGAACAAAACUUUGGGGGAGAUUCAUAUCUUCAAGCUGUUCAUGACCUAGGACACAAUUUUGGUGGUGGUGAUGCUGGUCAUGGUGGUUUUCAAGGUGAUACAUCUGGUCAUGGUAAUGAAGAAGGAAAUGGAAAUUACGGCGGACAUAGUUUUGGAGGCCAAAGCGGUGGACAUGGAAACAACGGACAACAAGGUUUUAUCUUACAAGAUGGCGGCCAUGAAUAUGGUGACCAACACAACUUCGGACACGCUGAAGCUAUUCCAGUGGGAGAACACAUUGACGAGGAGCAUCCCGUUGAAGUGCCUCUUUACAAACACGUGACUGUCCCUAUCCACAAGCCGAUUCACGUUAACGUACCCAAGCCUAUCCUUAUUGGCAUUCCUCAUCCUUAUCCCGUCAAGGUUCCUGUUCACAAGCCCGUAGCUGUUCCCGUUGAAACUGAAAUCUCUAUUCCAAUUGAAAAAGUAGUUCCAUACCCCGUUGUUAAGCAUGUCCCCUACCCAGUAGAAAAACACGUUCCCAUUAAGAUUGAGAAAACCGUAACAGUCCAUGUUCCCCAGCCUUACCCUGUCAAAAUCCCAGUGUACAAAACCAUUCAUCAUAAAAGUCACCACUAA